AGAUAGGUUACGGUCGGGGUGACUAAGCAUUUCUUGUACCAUGUUUGAUGGAGAGCUGGACUGUUGAUUCAUAACUAGAAGUGAUUCUACAAUAGUCCGUAUAUGUCAUUCUAGUACCUAAAGUGCUUCACCAUAUCCACACAAUCAAAGUCACACUCUCCACACCCUCACACUAUGAGUGCCGGUCGUCACAGCCGCUCUCAUCACAACCCUCACGGGAUGAAGCCCAUCAGUCUGGCAGAUAUCUGGGACGACCUGUCGGACGGGAUUAGGAACAUCUAUAAUCGUCAGAGCAUGCCCAAGAAGAGAUACAUGGAGCUCUACACUCAUGUGUACAACUACUGCACGAGUAUCCAGCAGCCGAGUGCUAGCGGGGCAGUGAGGGUACGGGCUAAUCGCAGUCGCACUUCAUCAGCAGCUCCUGGUGCUCAGUUUGUUGGAAUAGAGCUUUACUCACGAGUGAAGGAGUUCCUUAAAGACCACCUCGAGAAGAUACGACCGCGUGGAGAUGGGCUGGUGGGAGAGGUGGUGCUCAAGUUCUACACCUCAGUGUGGGAGGAGUACCAGUUCAGCAGUCGAGUGCUCAACGGAAUCUGUCAGUACCUCAACCGCCAUUGGGUCAAGAGAGAGAACGAUGAGGGGAAGAAUGAGAUCUAUGACAUCUACUCGCUGGCACUGCUGACCUGGAAGGACUGUCUGUUCAAAAACAUGCACUCACAGGUGACUAAAAGUGUGUUGGCACUGAUAGAGCAGGAGAGGAAUGGAGAGACCAUCAACACGAGACUCAUCAGUGGAGUGGUCGACUGUUAUGUUGAGCUGGGCAUCAAGCCGGAGAGUCCGCAAGCUCGUGGUCAAAACCUCUCCAUCUAUAAGGAGUACUUCGAGGGUGGAUUCCUCACUGACACAGAGCAUUACUAUAGAGCAGAGAGCGGUGCUUUCCUCGAGGUGAACCCAGUCACUGAGUACAUGAAGAGAGUGGAGACGCGACUACUGGAGGAGCAUCGGAGGGUCUCCGUGUAUCUGCAUGAGAGCACUCAGGACGAGCUGGCUAGGAAGUGUGAGCGUGUGCUGAUAGAGAAGUAUCUCGAUGUCUUCUACUCUGAGUUUCUCGCCCUACUCCACAAUGACAAGGACGAGGAUUUGACCAGGAUGUAUGCGCUUGUGAACAGAGUGCCUCAGGGCAUGGCAGAGCUCAGGGCAAAGUUUGAGACUCACGUCCACGGGCAGGGACUGUCAGCCGUAGAAAAGUGUGGAGAGGCUGUCCUUAAUGACCCCAAGAUGUACGUUCAAGCUCUACUAGAUGUACACAACAAAUACGCUGCCAUGGUAGAGAGCUCCUUCACAGGGGACGGUGGGUUCCUGCAGUCUCUGGACAAGGCUUGUGGUCGUUUUGUGAACAGCAAUGCAGUGACACAAGGUCCCAAGGCUUCCUCCAAGUCACCAGAGCUGCUGGCCAGAUACUGUGACAUGCUCCUCAAGAAGAGUGCUAAGAACCCUGAUGAGUCAGAGCUGGACGAGGCGCUACAGAACGUGAUGGUCAUCUUUCGAUAUGUUGAGGACAAAGAUGUGUUCCAGAAGUUCUAUUCAAAGAUGCUGGCCAAGAGACUGGUGGGAGGGAACUCUGCCUCCGAUGAUGCUGAGGCUAGCAUGAUCAGCAAGUUGAAGCAAGCGUGUGGGUUUGAGUAUACGAGUAAGCUGCAGAGGAUGUUCCAGGACAUGAGUCUGAGUAAGGAUCUCAAUGAACGCUUCAAGCAGCACGUCACUGGAUCAGGACAGUCACUAGAGUUGGACUUCUCUAUCAUGGUGCUGAGUUCAGUGGCCUGGCCCUUCACUCAGGGACCACCCUUCGCACUACCAGCAACGUUGCAAAGAAGUUUUGAUCGCUUUCUCACGUUCUACACGUCCCAACACAAUGGCAGGAAGCUCAACUGGCUCUACAAGCUCUCCAAGGGAGAGCUGGUCACUCACUGUUUCAAGGCUAGGUACACAUUACAGGCUUCAACAUAUCAGAUGUCAAUUCUCCUAGAGUUCAAUCAGAGCACUCAACACACCAUGGCCCACCUACUGGCCACCACACAACUCAACAGGGAACUGUUAGAACAAGUAUUACAAGGACUGGUCAAAUUCAAGUUGCUUAUAUGUGAAGAUACAGAAAUAGAACCGGACACUCUAUUAAAAUUAAACACAGCAUACAAAAAUAAGAAGCUCCGAGUAAACAUCAAUCAUCCUAUGAAGUUGGAGCAGAGACAAGAACAGGAGGCCACCCACAAAAAUGUCGAGGAGGACAGGAAGCUGCUCAUACAGGCUGCUGUUGUUCGGAUAAUGAAGAUGCGGAAAGAGCUCAAACAUCAGCCACUGUUGGCCGAGGUCUUCCAGCAGCUGUCCUCGAGAUUCAAACCCAAAGUACCAAUCAUUAAAAAAUGCAUAGACAUUCUGAUAGAAAAGGAGUAUCUGGAAAGAGUGGACGGGCAGAAAGACACUUAUCGCUACCUGGCAUAGAGAAGUCAUGACUCUUCUCUUAGAAUCUAUACUCUCCAUUGUGUAUUGUACAGUCUAUUGUGUUUUUAUUGAGUUCGUUUGUGCACAUAAUAGAAAAUAAUCUUUUAAUUCUCA